UAGACUUAAUUACCCACAACACAUCAAGUAAUUAAGAAUAUAGUAAGAAAGAAAACAUCUAUAAAACACAACAUAUCCAAGAUGAUAGUGGAUAUUGAGGAAGUCAUGAGCAGCUACCAAGCACUGCCUCUGCUUUCACUCAACCAUGUGUCUUUGUUGGUGAGAGAUGUCUGGAAUUCUGUACGCUUUUAUGAAGAUGUCUUGGGCUUUUGUCUUGUUAAACGCCCUUCUUCUUUCAAUUUCCAUGGUGCCUGGUUGUACAACUAUGGAGUUGGGAUUCACUUGCUUGAGAACGUAGCUAUGGAGGAUUACGAUGCCAUCAAUGAACCUCGACCCAUUAAUCCCAAGGAUAACCACAUUUCCUUCCAGUGCACUGAUGUUGAGGUGGUGAAGAGAAGGUUGGAGGAAAUGGGAAUGAGAUAUGUGAGUGCAGUGGUAGAGGAUAAUGGCAUAAAGGUAGAUCAGGUGUUUUUCCAUGACCCAGAUGGCUACAUGAUUGAAAUAUGUAACUGUGAGAAUAUUCCACUUUUGCCUAUCUCUUCCACUUGCCCACUCAAGCUCCAUAAUAUUGACACCAGCCAUAACAAGUUCACAGCCACCAGUUGUGGAUGUGAGACUGCAGAGAUGAUGGAAAGCUUAAGCAAGGACAUGCUCAACUUUUCUUUCUAAUUAAAUAUUAAUGUAUAUUUUCAGUUAAUCUCUAAUGUGGUUUGUUUGUUACUACUUUGAAUCUCUCAAUAGUUUAAUUUGUCGUUGAAAUUUAGAAAUUAAAUAGUGGACAACCGUCAGGGGACGCUAUCAAUGUUUAAUUAAGUGGCUUUUCCACAAGUCGUGUUUAAGUUUGUCUGGCUAUACAAGUUAAAACUGGACUGGAAUUAAGUA